AUGAAAAAAAAACAAAGGGAUAAACUUCCUAUCGUAAGACAAAAAGUCACUGAACACAACCUAAAAUGUGAGUUUAUUACUCCGAGUAGCAAACGUGGUCCACCUAAAGGAGUCGCAAAAAAAAUUUCGACUCAAGAAUCGAACAAAAGUGAUUCUCCAAUUCAAACAGAAGGUAAGAACUUAAUAACCUAUUUUUUUAUGUGA